AUGUCGCUCAGGCGCUCAGCACGACUGGGUUCCAUCCCAACCGUCAAGACACCACUACUGCAAAGCUCAGCUCCAAGUCAAGUAACCAGAGUCCAACGCAGCGCAGUGACGAAACCUCGCAAGGCGCCCACAAAGUCCAACAAGUCAGAUAAAAGACCUGCAAAGUCGAAGCCAAAAUCAGGAACAUCCUAUUGGUCCCCUGAGCCAGCAGUCACAGAGAAACAAGAAACAGACAUUCAGCCCUCAACCACUAACCCCACGAUAUUCAGACCUCAGACACCACCCCCACUGGACCGCCCCGUCGAUCCGCACCGAACAAAUGCAACUUUGAUCACCCCUCACGGCACAACCGUAAAUGCCUACCCAGCACACCUUGAAGAUACCUCCCCCUCGAAAACGGGCCUUCCACGGCCAACGGCAACAACAGGGACACUGCUCGAGAAAGCCACCGCACACCUCAUAGCAACAGAUCCACGCAUCGCAACGGUGAUUGAGCAGCAUCCAUGUCCGCUCUUCUCACCUGCUGGCUUAGCAGAGGAAAUCGACCCCUUCAACAGCCUGACCAGCAGCAUCAUCGGCCAGCAAGUCUCUGGCGCAGCAGCAAAGUCUAUCAGGAACAAGUUUGUGGCGCUUUUUGAUUUACCCGAUACUGUUGCGCCUGAUGGGCAUAAACAUGCAAAGUUCCCGACCCCAGAUCAGGUCGCCAAGUGUGAUAUCCCUACCCUCCGUACGGCGGGGCUGUCGCAGCGCAAGGCGGAAUAUAUUCAAGGUCUCGCGGAAAAAUUUGCCAGUGGAGAGCUUGGAGCGCGGAUGCUGGCUCGAGCUACUGAUGAGGAGCUUUUUGAGAAGCUCAUUGCUGUUCGUGGACUGGGGAAGUGGUCAGUUGAGAUGUUUGCUAUGUUUGCGCUCAAGCGCAUUGAUGUGUUUUCUACUGGAGAUUUGGGAGUACAACGGGGCUGUGCUGCCUUUAUGGGUCGUGAUGUGAGCAAACUUAAGGGCAAGGGUGGUGGUAAGUUUAAAUAUAUGGCGGAAAAGGAUAUGCUAGAACUUGCUGCCAAGUUUGCACCAUAUAGGAGUCUAUUCAUGUGGUAUAUGUGGCGGAUUGAGGACGUCGAUGUGGCUGUUCUUGGUGGUUGA